AUGACAGCUAGCAAAGUCACCGUGAUUCAAACAACGUCAAAACACAAAUUAAUCUUCAAAGUUAUUUUCUGUUUUCUUCAUCGUCUGUUUCAUCAUCGUUUUUCUCCCCCUUCACUGCCUUUACACUUACAUUUACAGUUCUUCUUCUUCUUCUUCUUCUUCUUCUUCUUCUUCUUCUUCUUCUUCUUCUUCUUUCCAGUUUACCUUGAAAGUUCUUUUUCUUUACAGUUCCUCCUGAAAGCACUUCCUUUUUUCUUCUUCUUUUCUUCUCUACAGUUCUUAUUGAAAUUUCUUCUUUACAGUUCCUCUUUAGAGUUCUAUUUCUUUAUUGUUCCUCUGAAAAGUCCUUCUUUUUCGUCUUCUAUUGAAAGUUCCUAUUUUUCUCUGCAGUUCCUUCCGAAAGUUCUGUUUAUCUUGAAAGUUCUUCUUCUUCUUCUUCUUCUUCUUCUUCUUCUUCUUCUUCUUCUUCCCCUCCUAUUCGUACCUCCUCCUCUACCUUCCCCUUCUUCUUAUUAUUUUUCUUCUUCUUCUUCACCUCCUCCUCUACCUUCUUUCCCCUUCUUCUUCUUCACCUCCUCCUCUACCUUCCUUCACCUUCUUCUUCUUCUUCUUCACAUCCCCCUUCUCUCUUUUACACCCAACGUCACUGCGUGGAAGGAGAAUGUUUUAUUCCAAUCUCUUAUUAUCUAUCUAUCUAUCUAUCUAUCUAUCUAUCUAUCUAUAAAUAAAGCGCUGGCGUUAUUCUCUCUCUCUCUCUCUCUCUCUCUCUCUCUCUCUCUCUCUCUCUCUCUCUCUCUCUAUAUAUAUAUAUAUAUAUAUAGGCCCGUUCAUAUCUCUAUAUCUACCAUCUAUUUAUCUCGGCCCGUUGAUAUCUAUCUAUCUAUCUAUCUAUCUAUCUAUCUAUCUAUCUUUUUCUGCUUGCCCAUAUGUAUCUGUCUCUCUCUCUCCUAUCUAUCUUUAUAUAUAUAUAUAUAUAGAUAUAUAUAUGGGCCCGUUCAUAUCUAUCUAUCUAUCUAUCUAUCUAUCUAUCUAUCUAUCUAUCUAUGCCUAUCCAUAUCUAUCUAUCUAUCUAUCUAUCUAUCUAUCUAUCUAUCUAUCUAUCUAUGCUGGAUAGAUGGAGCUCCUCAAAUCGGGAUGGACAGUUCAUCUAGGAUAACACUUCUUAAUAUUUCUUCUGUUCUUGUUCCAUCCUUCUUUUUUACUUUUUUCCAUCCUGAAAGUUCUUCUUCUUCUUCUUCUUCUUCUUCUUAUUAUUAUUAUUAUUAUUAUUAUUAUUAUCGAAGUUCACCUUUCUUCUUCUUCUUCUUCUUCUUCUUCUUCUUCUUCUUAUUAUUAUUAUUAUUAUUAUUAUUAUUAUUAUUAUCUUUUUCCUGUUAUAUCAUAUAUUCUCCUGGUUCUUCUUCAUUUAUUAUUAUUAUUGUUAUUGGAACUUCUUCUUCUUCUUCUUCUUCUUCUUCUUAUUAUUAUUAUUAUUAUUAUUAUUAUUAUUAUUAUCAGGGGUUUUUCCUGUUAUAUCAUAUAUUCUCCUGGUUCUUCUUCAUAUUAUUAUUAUUAUUGUUAUUGGAACUUCUUCUUCUUCUUCUUCUUCUUCUUCUUCUUCUUCUUCUUCUUCUUUCUUCUUCUUCUUCUUCUUCUUCUUCUUCUUCUUCUUCUUCUUCUUCUUCUUUCGAUACUUCUGCGUUUGAUGCUUCUUAUAUUUCUUCCUUUUUACUUCUUGUAUAA